UAUUUUGCUUACAAUCAAACUGCAGAUUCUAAAAUCACACUAAUGCAAGUACCGUUCGAGAUCACAUAAAUUCUUCAAAAAAAUGGUCGGAGAUAUAGAGAAGAUGAUCACAGUAGGCCUUGUUUGGGGAGCCACAAACGCCUUCAUGAAAAAGGGUACUCUCAUCUGGGACCAAAAGCUCAAAUCUUCCCAUCAUCCAACCACAACUCUCAACAACUGGCUCAAUCUCUUACUCACUUGGCAAUACUCUGUGCCAUUUUUACUGAAUUUAUCAGCCUCAGCCACUUUCUUUGCUAGUUUAAGUGACACCCCAAUUUCUUUAGCUGUGCCUGUGACUAAUGCCACCACUUUUGCUGCCACUGCCUUGGUGGGGAUGCUUUUGGGUGAGGAGAUGAAGGGCUUGAUGGCUUUGUUUGGUACUUUUCUGAUUCUUGUUGGGGUUUUUGUUUGUGUUAUGUGAGUGGUUUUGAUGGGUUUUUGUAAUUUGACUAAAGUUUGAAUUUUUGGUUGUUUUGUGAUUUGGGGUUUUUGUGAUUUGUUGGGUUUCAUGUAAAAGAUUUAAUCUUUGGUAAUAUUGUUUGAUGAGAAGGCAAAAUUAUAAUGAGAAUGAGACAACUUAUUAUACCCUCGAUUAAUGAUGA